AAGACCAAGAACCAAUGAAUGGCUGAGGAACCUGUCGCCUUCCCAGCACAGCCAGGCUGCGAACCAACCGACCAAACCAACAACAGCAUCGGGCUCACCUCGGCUGUGAAGGCUGCAAUGCAUAUAUGAACGCGUGGCCCAUACAUCCUGCACCCCAUUCCGAAGUGAGUUGACGUUCACCCCAAACCUGCCAACUCGCCGCGAAAAUGAUUCUCAACUUUUUACAAGCUUACAGGAACACCACCAUAACCGCCCAUCGCCGCCUUAUGGAACAACUAGUACUUGCGGCAAUGCCGGUUAUCCCGGUUUCCCUUGCUGAGAAUGAAUCGAUCAACCUGCCGCUCAAUGGGCCAAUUCACGUCCACAUCACCAUUCCAUUCUCGCUCUUGGUCAAGGACUUCGACCCGAAGACUACCCAAGUUCCACCACGUAUGAAAGCUGGACCGUGGUGGCGGCCGACUUGGUUGUUUGGAUAUCGAUACGAAACUCCGACCCACCCCGAGGUGAAGGCCUUUGAUCUCACCAGUCCGGCCUUCAGACAAGAACUGUGGCCAAAGCUGAGUGUGCUGCUGUUUGGAAAGGAGGAAGUGACGAUGUAUAGCGUUACAGGUUGCGACAUUCAGGACUGGGAACACGCCGCUGCCUCCAAUAUUGUCUGGUCGUUUGCCACGGGUGUCACGGAUGACAACGUUGACCGCGCGAGAGCUGUGGUUCUGAAACUCAACAAUCAUCCGUCCCGCCCAGGGCUAUUCACUGUUGAGGAGUUGGAAGGGGCGGAAGACGCAGCCUGGAAGAAGGUCUUGAUGGAUACAGAGCCGUGGGAGGAGACGCCUGAAGAGUCUGCUGUUGACGUUGAAAUGACGAGGAGGAACCGGGGGCUCUAUCAGUACAUGCGGGACCGGGAUGUCCGACCUUCUGAUGAGAAGGGGUUCGUCGAGAAGGGGGUAGCGGAGAGCGACUAGCUGUGGUUAACUUCCCUACGACUUCCAGGCUAUCCCCAUCCACUUACUAUUUCGGUAGGGGCAAAUGUGACACAACGGUGGCUCACAAAAUGUUGUACUGUGCCCAUUUUCCUUUCCUUUAACCUCGUUCUCUCGUAGGGUUGUCCUUAAAUUCUAUAGACACAUUCGCAAGGCAAUGAUAAAACUUUAGGACAAUUGGAUGGUUGGCCACGCACUUUAACCCAAUGACACCUGGUGGCCUUGAGGGUAAUCGUGGG